AUGCCCUCUGCAACUGCCCAAGAUGCUCGGGCCCCUAUUGCCAUUAUUGGCAUGUCAUGCCGAUUUCCCGGUGACGCAGAAGAUCCCUUAAAGUUCUGGGACCUCUUGAAAGAGGGACGGGAAGCUUACUCUGAGAAAACUCAUCGAUACAAUGAAGAAGCGUUCUACCAUCCAGGAGGCCAAUUCAACAACAAACGCCAAAAUGUCUUGCCCGUCAAGGGCGGAUAUAUGCUCAAGCAGGAUCCAUAUGUCUUUGACGCCGCCUUCUUUAACAUCACUGCCGCAGAGGCGAUCUCGUUCGAUCCUAAGCAGCGCAUCGCCAUGGAAGUCACAUACGAAGCUUUCGAAAACGCUGGCAUGACACUUCAGAAAGCAGCUGGAACCAGGACAGCAUGCUACAUUGGCACUUCCAUGAGCGACUAUCGAGAUUCCAUAGUCAGGGAUUUCGGCAACUAUCCCAAAUACCACCUCCUCGGCACGAGUGAUGAAAUGAUUUCCAAUCGAAUUUCACAUUUCUUCGAUCUCCGUGGUCCCAGCGCAACCAUUGAGACGGCUUGUUCCUCAAGCCACGUCGCAACGCACAUUGCCUGCCAGAGCAUACAAUCCGGCGAGUCAGAUAUGGCUGUCGUUGGUGGUAUCGGCAUGCUCCUCGUGCCUGAAAGCACCAUGCAGCUGAAUAAUCUCGGGUUUCUCAGUGCCUUUGGUCAAUCCAGAGCAUUUGACGCCUCAGGGGCAGGUUACGGCCGUGGCGAAGGCUGUGGAAUCUUCAUUUUGAAGAGAUUAGACAAGGCCGUGGAAGAUGGGGACACUAUCCGUGCCGUUAUCCGUGGAUCAGGCGUUAACUCGGAUGGAUGGACACAGGGCGUGACUAUGCCCUCGGGAGAUGCGCAAGCUUCCUUAAUUGAAUAUGUGUAUAAGUCGAACGGACUUGACUAUGAGGGCACACAGUAUGUUGAAGCCCAUGGGACGGGUACAAAGGUCGGCGAUCCAACAGAAGCUGAGGCACUACAUCGGACAAUCGGACAACCUACACCAAAGCGCAAGAAGCUAUGGAUAGGCAGUGUAAAGACAAAUAUUGGCCAUCUUGAAGCAGCUGCCGGCGCGGCCAGCAUGGUCAAGGGAGUGCUUGCCAUGGAACACGGCUUCAUUCCUCCGACACUUCAUUUCAAGAACCCAAACCCGGCUAUCAAGUUUGAUGAGUGGCAACUAGGCGUCCCGACUAAGUUGAUGCCGUGGCCGGCUUGUCAGACCAGACGGAUGAGUACCAGCGCCUUUGGUAUGGGCGGCACCAACGCUCAUCUUGUGUUGGAGAGACCAAAUGAGCCAGUGAUACCUAUACUAGAAAGAGGAGCCAUUGGCGUUGCGAGGAAGAACCAGAAGAGACUCUUUGUCUUCAGUAGUCACGACCAAGCGGGUUUCAAGCGCAUAGGCGACAGACUCGUCGAACACGUUGACUCCCUUGGCCCCAUAUCAGCAAAUCCUGAGUACUUGGCCAACCUCGCACAUACCCUUGCAGUCGGCCGGUCAGGCCUCACAUGGAAAAGCUCAUGUUUUGCGGAAAACAUCACCGAGUUGCGAGAACACUUGACAACUUCUUCUCUUGCAGAAGGUGCAGUGCGUGCCACGGGCGAGCAAACUCGCAUCGGCUUCGUCUUCACAGGCCAAGGAGCACAAUGGGCACGUAUGGGUGUCGAAUUACUGGAUCGAAAGGUGUUUGGCGAAUCUGUGGCCAAGUCUACUACCUUCCUGCAAGAUAUGGGAUGCGAAUGGGAUCCUGUCGUCGAACUGUCUAAAUCACAGAAGCAGUCUCAGCUGGUGAAGCCGGAAAUCAGCCAACCGAUAUGUACCAUCUUACAAAUUGCUUUGAUAGAUGAGCUACGAUCAUGGGGCAUCCGGCCCGCAAAGGUCGUCGGUCAUUCAAGCGGCGAAAUCGCGGCAGCAUACUGCAUGGGGGCUCUUACACAUCGAGACGCUCUCGCAGCAGCGUACUUCCGUGGCAAGGCAUCUGCUAAUGUGAAACGCCGCGGAGGUAUGAUGGCGGUUGGUACAACACCAGAAGAUGCGAAGAAGCUGAUCACCGAGACGAAAGCACAAGCAACUGUUGCCUGUGUCAACUCACCGAGGAGCAUUACACUGUCAGGUGAUGUGGAUGCUCUGGAGGCUCUUCGAGAAACUUUUGAGAAACAGGGAGUCUUUGCUAGAAGACUCAAAGUUGACGUGGCAUACCACUCCUCGCAUAUGCGUUCUUGUAGCGCAGAGUACCAGUCGUCAAUCAUGGACCUGGAACCAAGUGAGCUUGACGGAGUGAACGAGUCAAAGGAGCCCAUCCUCAUGGUAUCCAGUGUGACUGGUGGUCUAGUUGAUGCUGAAGCAUUGGGGCCGUACUACUGGAUCCGUAACUUGAUCUCGCCGGUCCUCUUUUCAGACGCUCUCAGGGAGUUGGUAUGCCCUGUUGAUAGCGACGAUGGUAGCGACGUCGAUAUGCUCAUCGAAAUUGGUCCUCACAGUGCUUUAAGAGCGCCCAUCGAGCAGAUAUUAUCUCACCAUGACAUCAAAAACGUCGAGUACGCGUCAAUGCUCACUCGUGGAGAGUCUGGGUCAGAAACCAUCCUCAAAUUUGCCGCAGAGUUAUUCCGUCGCGGCGUAGCGUUCGACAUCGCCAAAGCAAACGAUGACACUCAAUGCCGUCUCCUGACAGACCUCCCUCCAUACCCCUUCAACCACAGCCAACAAUUUCGAGCAGAGUCACGUCUUCAGAGGGAGACUCUAACCCAACAAAAUCCCACGAAGAGUCUCAUCGGCGCAGAGAGGCCGAGUCUUGACGAGCAUGAGCGAGUCUGGCGUGGAUUCAUCAACCUCGAUGAUGAGCCUUGGCUACGAGACCAUACCGUUGGCUCUACGGUGCUCUUCCCUGGUGCCGCCGUCAUCACCAUUGUCCUUGAAGCCGCUCAACAAAUGGCCGAAGCAGGGAAAUCAAUUCGUUCCUUGACACUGCGAGACAUCUCCUUCAUGGCUAUGAUGACACUGUUGGAAGGCACUCCGACCGAGGUCAUCACCCAUGUUCGACCGCAUCUCGUGGCCACAACGGGAACUACACCGGCAACGUGGUGGGAAUUUACUGUCUCCUCGUGCACCGGCGUCACAAGCAAUGUUCGUAAUAACUGCCGUGGUCUAUUCUGCAUCAACUAUGAGGAUUCUCGUAGCUCACACAUGGAGAUGGAACUCGAAAAGUUUGAAGGCGAUCGCGUGGCAACCUAUCACCAGAUCAAAGAGGAAUGCGCAGAAGUUAUUUCCAAGCAAGCAUUCUAUGACACUCUAGCUAGAUCAGCCCUCGCAUACGGCCCUCAUUUCCAAGGAGUUGACAACUGCCGCCCUGGCAACGGCCAGACAGCAUUCGAGGUCAUCGUCAGCGAUCUUGGCGAGACGUUUAACAAGGACAAAUUGACUAGACCUUUCCUCAUCCACGGUGGAACUCUCGACUCCAUUUUCCAGGCGUGGGUGGGCAGCACCAAGGAUAGCAAUGGACCCGGCAGCUUUGGCUUCGAAAAGCCGUUGUUGCCGAAGAGUAUUGGGGAGCUCGAAAUUUCCCUCGACUUCCCUGGUGAAGUUGGGUAUUCCUUAAAUGGCCUUAGUACUUCUAGAAAACAUGGGUUCAGCGAGUGGUCUACCGAUAUUGCCAUGUUCGACCGAGACGUGUCCAAGCUGCUUUUGUCUGUCAAAGACUUCCACUUGGCUGAGCUUGAGGUAGAGGAUGCGGACCGGCCAGAUAGAUCGGAGCACAUGGAUGUUGAUCCGGCUGAGAUAUCCUCUGAGCCAAAGUGGAACUAUGCUCUUGAUUUCAUGAAUGCACAGGAAAUCAAGCAAGUUGUAGAAACUUCAUCUUCUUCAAACGAUCAGCUCAUCCAGUUUAUCUCCUUGGCCAUACACCAACGGCCAAAUCUCGAGAUUCUGGAGUUAAUUGACAAUGCGAAUCAGCUUCCUCAGACAGCCGUAGGAAAGCUACCCAGGGGCAGACUCCUCCCAAAUCAGGCCAGCUGUGCGAUAAUUGGUGGUGACUACGACGAUAACAACGAAUCUGCAGCUGCCUUUAGACGGAUUUUCAGCCUUGAGAAUUCUGAUGCUGUCCCGUCUGACGUUGCACCUGCCGAUCUAGUCAUUGCUGCCUUCAACUUAGGUAACUUGGAAGAUAUUGCAGACCGGCUCGUUGCUCUCGCCAAACCUGAAGCAAGGAUAGUGUUUAUUGCUGACAAGAAGUUGGAUUCAAGCUUCGCCCUAUUGGCAGAUAAGGGCUUCGACCUUGUCUUCAGCACAGAAGCAGACUCUGAAUCACUUGCCCUGUACUGUUUUGGCAAGAAAGAAGAGACACAGCCUGAACGACUCACCAACGGCUCAACUGGACAAGAGAUCGUUAUACUUGAACCGUCUUCACUAUCCACGGAGUCGGACCACUUUUCCAAGGAUCUUCAGCAUGCGCUUGACAACAUUGGCUACAAUGUGUCUACAGUGACGGACAUUCAGGGCGCGCAUGCUGCUAAAGCGAGGAUCUAUGUAUCCCUCCUUGAAGUUGAGAAGCCCGUGCUAGAGAACCUCUCGCAAUCCGAGUUUGAAGGUCUCCGUGACUUGUUGUUGAAUUGUGACCGCCUUCUGUGGAUCACUUGCGGUGACAGUCCGUCACUCCAGCUGGUCGAUGGCUUCUCAAGAACCAUAAGAAGCGAGUUUGCAGGUGUUGAAUUCCAAGUUCUACAUCUUAGCGGCAAGAAGUCCCAGCAGGGUCCAUCGUUAGCAGCACAGAUCGUCUUCAAACAAAGCACGGAGAGCGAAUUCCGAGAGGGUAAUGGACAUCUGCAAAUCUCGCGAUGGUAUAGAAGCGUCGAGGAGGACGACCAUAUCCGCAACCAUCUCCUGGAUUCCAUCCGAAUAGUGAGUCUGCCGGUGGAUGAAAAUAUCAAAGACAGUUCUUCUUACCGUCUUGCUGUCGGCAAGCCUGGGCUCUUAAAUACAUUGCAUUUUGUGCCCGACGAUAACACAGAAGCCCCUCUUGCAGACAACGAAGUCGAGAUCCGGGUCAAAGCCAGCGGCAUCAACUUCCGCGAUAUCAUGGGUUCCAUGGGUCUUCUCCCCGUGUCUGGGAUCGGCCAAGAAGCAAGUGGUAUAGUCGUCAGGGUAGGAAAACUAGGCGCGUCAUCACUCAAACCAGGUGAUCGCAUCAGCACCCUGACAGUGGGAGGAACACACGCAACCAAGAUUCGGUGUGACUACCGUGUUGCGAAGAAGAUUCCCGAGGGGAUGUCGUUUGAAGAAGCAGCAGGAAUUCCCGUCGUCCACUGCACGGCAUACUACGCUCUCGUCAAGUUGGCCAAGCUUCGCCCCGGCCAAUCUGUGCUUAUCCACGCCGCGGCUGGUGGCACCGGACAAGCAGCUCUACAGUUAGCGAAGCAUCUUGGUCUGGCCAUCUUCGCUACCGUAGGCACUGAUACGAAACGAGCGCUCAUUAGAGAAAAGUACGGAGUCCCUGAUGAAAACAUCUUCUACUCACGGGAUGGCAGCUUCGUCAAAGGUAUCGAGCGAGCAACCAACGGCCGUGGAGUUGAUUGCGUUCUCAACUCUCUGUCGGGUGAGCUCUUGCGAUUAUCUUGGGGCUGUCUCGCGACCUUUGGUACGUUUGUCGAAAUUGGUCUGCGGGACAUCACGGACAACAUGCGCCUUGACAUGAGGCCCUUUGCCAAGAGUACUACAUUCAGCUUCAUCAACAUGGUCACCUUGCUUCAGGAGAACCCUGAUGCUAUGGGAGAGAUACUGGAGAGCGUAUUCGAAAUGAUUCAUCAAAACGUACUUCAGCCCGUCUUCCCAGUUACUGUCUACCCCGUUGGGAAGGUUGAAGAAGCGUUCCGGCUGAUGCAGCAAGGUAAACAUGUAGGCAAGAUGAUCUUGUCGUUUGCUGCAGAUGAGGCCAAGGCACCCGUUCUAUGCAGAGCCAAAGAUUCAUUCAAACUCGACCCCAAAGCGACGUAUCUCUUUAUCGGUGGUCUUGGUGGCCUCGGCCGCAGCAUGGCCGUCGAGUUUGUUGCCUGUGGCGCCAGGAACAUUGCAUUUCUCUCGCGAUCAGGGGACACCAAGCCCGAGGCAAAGGCCGUUGUGGACGAGCUGAGAGAACUUGGGACUCGAGUUCAGGUGUACCGCGGCGAUGUCUCUGACGAAACCUCCUUCCGUGAUGCUAUGGAACAAUGCUCUCAGGAGCUACCGCCAGUGAAGGGCGUGAUCCAAAUGGCCAUGGUGCUUCGCGAUGUGGUAUUUGAAAAGAUGAAGUAUGAUGACUGGACGACCGGGUUACGGCCAAAGGUACAAGGCACUUGGAACCUGCACACUUUCUUCGACAAAGAUCGCCCACUGGACUUCAUGAUCUUCUUCUCAUCUAUUGCAGGUGUCUUCGGCAACCCAAGUCAAGCGCAGUAUGCCGCAGGCAACACCUAUCAAGACUCACUGGCAAAAUACCGACGAGACAGAGGUCUGAAAGCCGUGUCCGUCAAUCUAGGCAUCAUGCGAGACGUGGGCGUUAUUGCAGAGGGCGACUCGCACUUCAUGCAACAGUGGGAAGAAGUGCUUGGCAUUCGCGAGCCUGCCUUCCAUGCACUCAUCAAGAGUAUCAUCAACGGCCAACUAGACACCAGCAACAUUCGAGAGGCUGCGAAAUGCCCCGUCCAGGUCACCGUUGGUUUAGGCACUGGCGACAUUCUCGCAAGGAACAAGAUCAAGGAGCCUGAUUACUUCCGAGAUGCUCGUUUCGGCGCCUUGGCCGUCUGCAGCAGCACCUCCACCGCCGCAGCCAGUUCAGGAGAAAAUGGUGUGUCCAUAGCAUCCCAGUUAGCUGGCUUGAGCAACGAGGCGGAUCCGGAAGCAGCAGCAGGGCCCAUUAUCACGAAAGCUCUGGUGAGCAAGCUGGCAAAGAUUCUUCAAGUGCCGCCUACCGAGAUCGACUCUAGUCGGCCGAUGUAUCGUUAUGGCGUGGAUUCUCUGGUGGCGAUUGAGGUGAGGAAUUGGAUUACGAAGGAGAUGAGUGCCAAUAUGUCGCUGAUGGAUAUUCUUGGCGCUAUGCCGAUGGAGCAGUUUGCGGUGCAGAUUGCAAAGAAGAGUAAGUUGUUGGGAGGUUCUUGA